AUGGCAACAUCAGAUAGAUUGCCACGGACCACACCAGGCCUGGGACUACCAUUCGAAGCAUAUAAUAAUAAUUUUCAACAUGAUUCCCUUACGGUCCCACGUCAGUUCUCGGAUUCUGCGAGCGUCGGUUCAUCGGAGAAUGUUGCCAUGAAAGGGAAAAAGAGAGCUGGUUCUCAGCAUGCCGUUCGACCCAAAACCUACUCGUCCGCCUCUUAUAGGACCUACAGUACCCAAAACACACAAUCGACAACUAGCACGCAUGCACAGAAUCGAGCAGCUCAAAGGGAAGUUCGUUCCCUCCCUUCCUGGAUAGAUUCAUAUGAAGACAACGACCCACCAUCGCAACCCAAAAGAGUUUCCACCCCUUCGAGAAUACAUCCAGCUCAGCAUAAUUCUACACCAACUCAAUCUUCGCGAAGAAUAUCUCUCGAUGGAUAUGUUGACUCCGAUGAUGAUACGUACAAUGCCAUAAGCGACAAGAAAGUAGAGACGGGUUUCUUUGGAGGUUUGCGCGAACCGGUCAGAGGUAGGAAAUGGGAUCAUGCUAGAGACGCGGAACCUGUCAUUCUUAGGGCUGGGGUACAACCAAAUGCAGCUGUAUGGCGAACUUUUAUCAAAGCAUCAUCGUAUGGUGUGCCCGAAGGAGAGGAUCGCAAAUUAGUCGAUCCGGCAUUUUUAAAUAAUUUAACUCCCGGUUACGAUAGACCAUGGUGCGGGGAUCUUGAGAAGGGUGAAGGUGACGAUGAUGAUAACAUUACAUCUCUCAUAUACAACAAAAGGAAACGGGAAACCUUUCUAAAACGCGUGCAGCAAACCAUUCUCAUGAACCCCUAUGUUCCCCUUAUUUUUCGACUGAUUGUGCUUAUAACUUCAAUAAUCGCCUUGAGCAUUGCAGGCUCGGUUCAUCAUCUUUCGAAUAAAUACUCCUAUUCUCAAAGUCCAUCUACAACUAUGGCAAUUGUAGUAGAUGUGAUUGCAAUUCCGUAUACUCUCUACAUGACCUGGGAUGAAUAUACGGGUAAACCUUUAGGCCUUCGAGCACCGAAAGCCAAAAUUCGACUCGUUCUUUUAGAUCUCUUUUUCAUUAUUCUUGAGGCUUCUAAUUUGACAUUAGCUUUUGAUGCCAUAUCAGACGACAACGGGAGCUGUAAAGUCGGAAACACGGGAUAUAAUGGUGUGGUAUGUCAUAGAGCUAAAACACUCUGUGCCAUAAUAACCAUAGCAUUACUCGCAUGGGGGAUGACUUUUGCAGUUAGCAUAUUCCGGCUUGUAGAAAGGGUGGGUGGUCGAGAAGAGGCCGAAUGA